AUGAGCCGAGACGAGUCUCGCCACCGUCUGCAUGAGCGUGGACGUCCACCGGUGCCACCACGUCCCACGAUUCUCAGGCCCACGACAGUCCGUGUUCGUCGUCGAAGACACAGCGACACGAUGGACGGAUAUGACCAAAUGAUAGACCUUCCGUCUCAGGGCGCCCCUGCUGAAAUCAGCAGCGAUUACCGGGGCCAGGAGUCACUCCUAACCCAAUUCCAAGCCAAAGUCAUCCAGGACAUGGCCGGCAUCCAGUACGGACUGAACCGCUUGGCGCAGCAGGUUGCCGCUGUCCCUGACCAGGUUUUGGAGGGGAUGGUUAGGGUUGAGGCCCCGGAGGGGAGUAGUUGGCGCAGUUGGUUCACAGUGUGUACCCAGCGCCCCUUCGCUCCCUAUCGCCAGCACAAACCAGUCCCGCCACCUGACGCCAACGCUGCCCGGCUCGCAGAACUUGAAGACGAAAGCAAUGUGUUGAACAACCGCAACAAUGAGCUCCAGCGUGAACUGGACGAGGCCCGCCGGGAGCUGCAGACUGUCCGGCGCAGGAUGGCCGGCAUGGAGGGGCAACUCCAUGAGAGCCAAGAGGAGGUGAAGAAGCUCCGUGGGAAGGAAGCCAUGUUUCGAACCAUAAUCCUCGACCAGGCCGGCGUCCAAGAAAUCAGCGACAACGACAUCCUCCAGGGGUUCCUGAACAUGCGGCAAAAUGUCCAAAAAAUUUCGCGCAGUUCGGCUUACGCGGUCGAUACCGACCCUCUUCUCUCGGCUACACUAGAAGCGGCCGCGCCAUCUGUGAAGAAAUUUUACGCGUCGGCUGCCUGGGGGAUGCUUGGUGUCGCAGAUCGGCGACUUCGUCUGCGUGCCAAGAUCUUCAACGAGCUGUACGCCCAAAUCCUGAAUUCCAAGUGCUUCGGGCUGCUAGAAGUUCAUACAUCGGACGGGGACACGAAAGGGCCGGUCGAGCCUGGGCUCCGGCGAUUCGAAUCCAUGCUCAAAGAACGUGGUGUCAGCGACAUACUCAUCAGUGACUGGAUCAUUUCAACCAUCAAAUGCGUGGAGGUGGCUGGAAUUGAGGAGAUGAACAGUGCGGUUGCCGCACGAGACAUCUUCGCCAUCCUGGCACCCCUUCUUUCCACGCAUACCCGGCCAUCGGAAGAAGAUGCUCUCCGCGCCAACAUCUUGGAGUUGUGUAAAGAUGCUUUCAAGCUGAGAAUGUUGAUGCGCAAGUCCAAAAAUCGAUACGUGGUCGAGACGAUGGAUCCCAACGGGAUCGUUUUACUCUCCGCCUGCGAGGACAAGGCGGAGUCGGUGGCAGUGGAGGGCGGGAACAACAGCGAGAAGAGUGACAAGGUCGCAUAUAUGUUGUUUGGUGCUCUGAUUAAACAACCGCUGGCCGGGGAUCAGGUUGUUAAGGUAUUGGAGAAGGCUCAGGUUGUUCUCAAGACGAAAUAA